CAGACUGCGUUCAGGGCGCAACCCCACAUCGGAGCCCUUGUAGCUAUGGAAACUCGUCGAUGGCAACAUCCACCAGUCUUUUGUGCCCUCAUCCUCCUCUUACCUCUCAGAGGUGCUGAGUGUGUGCAGCUGUAGCCGAUAAAUGAUACGCUGCAAGAUGGCGAUUGCGCGACUCGUAGCGUGUUUUGUGCUUUACAGCAGCCUAGGUCACAUUCCAUCAUCACUUGGGGUAAUCCUCCGGACCACGGACAAGAUUGUUUGGGCAAAUGAAUUUGAGCCCAUCGAACUGACCUGCUUAAUAGAGUCCAUCUCAACAAACAACCCAAGGAUUGAGUGGAAAAAGAUUAAAAAUGGUGUUCCCAGUUAUGUGUACUUUCAAAACAAGAUAGCAGGGGACUUGGAGAACAGAGCUCAGCUCAGAGAGCCGGCCAACAUUCUGAUCUUCAACGCCACUCGAUCAGACACAGCAGAGUACCGCUGCGAGGUGGCCGCCAUCGAUGAUCAAAGGGACUUUGAUGAAAUACUUAUUAGUCUUGCAGUAAGAGUGAAACCUGUUGUACCACGGUGCAGCGUGCCAGAGGCCGUCACAGUGGGAACAUCAACAGAGCUGCGAUGUCUGGAAAAUGAGGGCUUUCCUGCUCCUCAGUACCGUUGGUUUCACAACAAUGAAGAGCUUCCACAGGAUCCCAAAAACAGCGCAAAGUUUGCCAACUCUUCCUACAGCAUCAACCCCGACACCGGAGGCCUGAAAUUUCGAAGGGUCAGGAAGGAAGACGCGGGGGAGUACUACUGCCAGGCAAAGAAUGAUGCAGGGCAUGCACAGUGUCCCACGCAAUUAAUGGAAGUCUAUGACGUUGACAUCCUGGGGAUUUUCCUCAAGGUGUUUGGUGCUGUGGUUGGGUUCUUAUGCUUGGCGGUUUCCAUUUGUCAUUCCUUCAGACGUGGAUGCUUCCACAAAAAAGGCCACAAUGAAAAUAACUACAAUUGGCCUGCACAGAACAGCGGUGUUGAGUAUGGAGACGCGGACGAGGGUCAUUUCCGCCACAAGUCUUCCUUCGUUAUUUGACAGCCGACACGGAGGACGCGAUGUAACCGCGACAAAAUAAACUUGCAACAACGAU